AUGCCUCCAUCUGAAGGAUCUGGUCCUGGACCUAUGAUGUCAAAUCGAAGUGGACGCUAUCCUGGUGGCCCAGACUCCUAUCCCUAUUAUGAUGAUGUGCCCCCCUAUCGUGGUGGUCCGCAUAUGAGCGGUUAUUCAUAUCACAAUGAUGGAGGCUACAGUGGUAGCAGAUAUAUGUCUGGCGGAAGCGUUGGUGGACGUCCCGGUCCUUAUUCUCGUCCAUGCGUGCCUGGUGCUGUCUAUGGUGGUCGUAGUGAGAGCGGUCGAAAUUACCCUCCUGGUGGCUGGAAUAUCGGACACCCAAGUGAGGGUGGUGGAUAUGAAUCAAACUGGCAGAGCUCUACUGGGCACUCAGUUCGCAUGCGUGGACUUCCAUAUUCGGCCACGAUGGAUGACGUUACUGCAUUUUUGGCUCCUCUUCAACCUGUAAACAUCCACAUGCGCCUUAAUCCGGUAUGCUUAUGCUUUUUAUUGAAGUUUUACCUGAUCUAUUAA